AUGGCGCGUUCCGGACGCGUCAGGACAACGUGCCUGGUGCUCGCCAACCUUCUACUGCCAGUCGCGGUCUUGGUCUUCGCUUCUGGAUUCUUCCCUUACAAACCUGUGCUACCCGGUCUGGCGACUUUUGAAGAUGUCGCCGGAGACUCGACAGCUCCUGAAGCUGCUUUCGAUCGGGUCGUCUUCAUGGUUGUCGAUGCGCUGAGGAGCGAUUUCGUCUACGGGCAUGGGAGUGGCUUUGAGUUUACACAGAGGUGAGCGACAGACAGAUACAAGCGCGAAAGAUACUGAAGGUGCUGAUGAUACUUGCUUGUAUAGUCUCGUCCGUUCCGGUGCCGCAAUCCCCUUGACCGCCCACGCAACUCCUCCCACCGUAACCAUGCCGCGCGUAAAAGCACUAACCACAGGUUCCGUUCCAUCCUUCCUCGACCUCAUCCUGAACUUCGCCGAGAGCGACACAACCUCGUCGCUCGCAUCGCAAGACACUUGGCUCUCGCAAAUCAAAGCAAAAGGCGGCUCCAUUGUCUUCUACGGCGACGACACCUGGCUCAAACUCUUCCCCGACCCAGACUUCUUCCUACGCUCAGAUGGCACGAGCAGUUUUUUCGUUUCGGUCAGUAAAACUGGCCCUGGUUCGUCCCACAUAGUUACAUAGGCUGAGUAUGGCAUUUCUUUUGCUCGAACAGGAUUUCACUGAAGUAGAUCACAACGUGACGCGCCAUGUCCCCAGUGAGAUGAGGAGGGAUGAUUGGAAUGCGAUGGUGAUGCAUUAUUUGGGCUUGGAUCACAUUGGACAUAAGACGGGACCGCAGGGCCCGAAUAUGUUGCCGAAACAGAGGGAGAUGGAUGGGAUCGUGAGGGAAAUAUACGAGGCGAUGGAGGAGGAGGAUCAUCACACCAAUACGCUCUUGGUGCUGGCUGGAGAUCACGGCAUGAAUGCUGGUGGUAAUCAUGGUGGCAGUGGACCUGGUGAGACGGAGCCGGCUCUGCUGUUCGCCAGUCCGAAGUUGAAGAAUAUUGAGAAGAGGAGGGAGUAUGAGUGUCCUACUCUUCCAAAAGACGGAACGGAAUUCCACUACUACACCAAGGUCGAACAGAGUGAUCUGGUCCCGACGCUGGCUGGUAUGAUGAGCCUACCCAUUUCGCGGAAUAGCCUUGGAGUCUCGAUCUCCGAGUUGGACGGUCUUUGGACGACUGAAGGGAAGCUGGCGCACCUGAUGCGCAACGGGAGGCAGAUUCUGCAGAUCAUUGAGGCGACAUAUGGGCAAGAGGCAUUCCGAACCCGUGUGGAACAGUACAAGAUGCAGCAGCGUGGAACAAAGUAUGGGAAUUGCAAAGCGAGGUCAGAGGGAGAACAGCGCCUCGCCUGUUUGUGGGCUGCUGUGGAAGAUCUUUCAGUCGUCGAGACCGAAGCUGAAGACCAGCAGAAGGCGGCUAUCGCAUUUCUCGUCGAGGCACAGGAGACGCUUGGUGGAGCAGCAAGCUCUUACAACAUCCCACGCAUGGUUGUUGGGAUGGCUCUCACGGCCAUCAUCUUGGGAUUCGCAGUGUUUUCAUUCCCAUCUCUCUGGCCCCCAAGCACAGCAAGCGCUUUCUUUGCCCUCACCAGCGUUCUGUACGGCGUCAUGAUGUUCGCCAGCAGCUACGUCGAAGAAGAACAGCAAUUCUGGUACUGGCUUACCCCGGCUUGGAUCGCCCUCCUUUCCGCCAAGAGCGCUUCCAAAAUCCACUCCAGGGAUACACCCAAACUGCUUCUCGGUGGCUCUGCCCUUCUCGCGGUCCACCGCCUCGCCGUGCGCUGGAAUCAGACUGGUCAGAAACACGCAGGCGCUCCUGACAUCGUUCAUUCUUUCUUCCCGGAUGCACACGUUCUGAUGUGGCUCCUCAUCCUUGGCACGUACAUCUACACCGGCAUUCUUCUGGUCCGAAGAGCUUUUGCGGGCAUCAUACCGACGGAAUUUAGCGUCUUACUAGCUGCUGCUCUCGUGUUGCCAGGAAUCAUCUUUAAAUUGAAUUUCACGCAAGCAGAUGCCCCGGAAUUGGUGCAAGGACUGGCGUGGCAACUUCGAGAAUGGACGAAAACAUUUGAUCUGGUGAUGCAAGCACGGGUGGUGUUUAUUGGACUGGCCACGGCUACGAUUAUCGUCACGACGCUUGCGAUCCUCUCUGCAAGAGAAAGUCAGAAACUAGGGAUGAAAGAGACGGGACUUCUUCCGAGUCUGGCGGAGAGAUUACAUCAUCUCCUCACGCUGUUCUUAAUCACCCAGACAAGGGCACCGAAUGUCCCGCUCUUGCUGGGCUUCGAAAUCCAGAGGGAAGCGCUGGCGUAUCUCAUCCGCGCGGACGGGAGGAAGGUGAUGCAGAUUGCGACUUCCACGCUCCUGCUCUCCCACGUUGCCUUUUUCUGCAUGGGCGGCUCGAAUUCCAUCUCGAGCAUUGACCUCAGCAAUGCGUACAAUGGCGUUGCAGAUUACAACAUUGUUGCGGUGGGUGUCUUGCUCUUCGCGAGCAAUUGGACGGGCCCGAUCUGGUGGUGCAGUGCGGCGAACCUCCUGCUGCAUACCUCCACCUCCACACCGUCGAAGACGAAAGAGGACGAGUCCAGGUCGUGGAUCGAUACCGAAAGAGCGAAAUUGCAUGAAGAUACGCUUCGUGCGAUGAUGGGACCCGAGAAAUCCACUACGAAGUCACAAGCAGAGAGUCUCUGGUCGGUUUACCUCUCAUGCAUGACGGCUUUCGUGGCAGCUAGCUUACUCGCGGUCAUGGCGGCCUGUGCGGCUCUGCGGACGCAUCUGUUCAUUUGGACGGUGUUUAGUCCAAAAUAUCUCUAUGCCAUGGCAUGGAGUGUUGGAUGGCAUCUGAUCGUGAACAUUGGUUUUGGUGGGAUGAUGAGUUGGGCUGCUGGAGUGGCAUAG